AUGUUAAUAAUUGAAGACCAAACGGAACAUCCUGGGACGAGUUCCUCGCUACUGAACUCUCCUACCUAUCUGAAAUCAUCAAUUGACACUAUUGUAGACUCGUUAGGACAUGACUCUGAUGUCUCUCUUCACGAUCUCUCAGAUGCCUACGACGCUUUCUCGUUCAGGCUCAAAUCCCAAAGUCAAACAUUACAGGGUUCCAGUGAACCUCUAGCCGCCUUGAAAUACUUGGUGUUGCAUUCCCACUCAAUUACGCAAGCACUCGAUCGAGAUAUUCGCAAAGUGCAUAUUGAUCCUUUUUCCUCGACACCACGUCACGUAACCUCUCCUGACGAUUUCACGAGUUCAGUUGGUAGCGAGAUAACGGAGGAUGUUAUACAACUUGCAAGAAAUACAUCCUCUGUGUGCCAUUAUGCCCUAUGCGCGUCGUCCUAUAUAUUCAGGCUAUCAGCCCUAUAUACCAUCUUUUCAUCGGCUGACAUAUCCCUCCUUCUUGACGACAUACUUAAUAUCGUGCUUGCAGAAAGCUUACCCAUACACAACAGUCGAAAGGCAUACUCUAUCUCUAUCUGGAUUUUUCAAGUUCAACAACUCCCCCUUGCCUAUCUCUCCCCUCGAAAGCGUGAGAUAACAUCCGCUGUGCAGAGAGCAAUAAGAGAUGAGGAAGCUCACCAUGAAGAUUCUGUGAUCGACGGACUUAAGGCAAUAUGUAAUCUCAUCACCCAUAGCGGCUCUGUAUUCUUAAUACCAGUAUCCGACCUGCUCCCAUGUAUUCUAUCAAACCUCGUAUCCUCCUCGUUCAACAAGCGUUAUGAAGCGGCUUGUGUAAUCGGUAAAAUGGCCUCUUUCCUUGUCACUACUCCAAAUCAAUGCUCUCUCCACUGUCGAAAAUCAAUUUCUCAUCAUGUUCUGACAUUCAUCGAUGCUCAGUGUUCAAAGUCUCGGCCAAUAGAUAUCCCCUUGCCACUUUCAGACGUCCUGCAAGAGGCCAUUAAAGCUGGGCGGCCUUCGUCUAAGGGGGAUGGACCUUCAUGGGCGCUCCCUGCACUCGCAUCCCUUAUUGUUCUAUCCGGCCAUUCUCUUUUCGCAAAUCCCCAUGCUCUAAAGCUAUUCCUAAAUUCUCUAGCAAUAGUGGUAACCCAUAAGCGUAGCACCGUGCGUGCACUCCACCCCCAUGUCUGGCGGUGCCUCAUUUGGGCUUUCAAUCAAUUCCCAUCAACUUCGAGCAGUCACGCUGAUUGUUUUAGCAUCAGGCAAUCCGCAUUUCUCGUUGUCAAACAAGAGCUUGGUACCGGUUUAGGUAUCGCACUUACCGCAUCCCUGGUUGGCUCCAUAGAGAGUGUAACUCCUUUAUCAGAGUGGACAUCGACAGUAGCAGAUGUAGAUGAUCCAAUCACCAAUGUGAUCAUGGUCGUCGAUGAAAUGAUUCACAACGACAACGAUCGUACAUCGCAGGAUGGGCUCUCCUUGCUACACAGACUUCUCGGUGCAGUGGGUGCUCCAUCAGUGCCUGUUCGACCUUCGUGGAGCCCAAUUAAAGUUCUCUCUUUGCCAUUACUUGACGGAACGAUAAUCAAUGCUGAACGGGACAAGUUACCAACAACUGUACGUGGGAUAAGCCAAGUUGUAAUCGAAGAGAUAAGGCAGCUUUCGGAGGCUGAAAUCACCGCGCACUGGCGGCAACUGGCUUCGAUGUGGGCUUACUGUGUACGCAGUACGUCGGGUGUGUCAAUAUCAACUGACCUCGUUCAUAUUUGGCAAUCACUGCUUCUGGGAAAAGCAGAGCUUACCCAGGGACAUGGACAUCUUACGGUCUCCUCUGAUUCGGCGAAGUGGGUAGUUGCAUACGUCAUAGACGUUAUAAAUCAGCCUUCCGUCGAAGGGAGAGUUGAUUAUUCAGUAGCUAUGAGCAUUGCAGACCAGCUCCGUCAACUUUCCAUCAUAGCGCAGCUUUGGGCGGUGAUGAAAAACGUGUUCGCGCCGUCUUGCCUAUCAGUUUCGGCGGAGUACAUUUUUGGGGCUAUAAUCAAGAAAGACUUUUGCUUGACUGAUCAAACUAUACGAGAUGUCUGGAGCGAGCUAUGUGCUGAUCUCGUUUCUGCGGAAAACUCUUCAUUCUUUGGGAGUAUAUGCGCGCAGCUUGAUGCUCUACGACAAAGUGUGGUUCAACGCGAGCUCUGGGCUGUUCUCGCGGGAACGAUACUAUCGUCAGUAACCAGGCCUGCCUGGCAGGAUAUCGUGUCUUUCCUUGCAGUGCCAUCCGGCAACUGGGUAUUAUCCGAUACCGAGAUACAAUUAUGGGGAGAUUUGCUAAAGUCUAUCAUUCUAACUGCAAAAUCUUUUUCUGUGAAGUCUUCUUUCGUUGUUGAGACCUUCGUGCAGCGGUUGAGUGAUAUGUCAAUGAAGGAGGAUGCUACAAAUACCAUGAGAAGGGAACUCCUUGUACUCCUAGACCAUUUUGACCAUUCUGAGGAAUCCCCGACCCCUACCUUAUUGUUGACUAAAAUUGAUAGUACCUUGUGCGCGUCUUAUCCUCCAUCUCCUGAAUCACUAUCCCUUUGCAUCGAGCUCCUCAAUCGACUGGGGACUUUUAUCACCUCCUUUCCAAUACCUCAGAUUAUGUGCAUUAUUUCGCUCCUUAACAGGGCUUUGUGUCACUGGAUUGAGGACAAGUCAGAAGCUCUAUCAGAUCAAGACUACAAUGAUGUGGUCAUGCCCUUGUAUUGUGAUACACUAAAGGCGCUCAAAGGUCACUUGCCCACUCAGGAGAACCUUAUUACCAUCGCCCCUUUCCUGGCAUUUGGUUUUGAGCGUAUACCACCGCCAGCUCUAGGACCCAUGGCUUUUUCCGAAUUCUGGAAGGCCACUUACCACGGUCAAACGCAUCUCUACAAAAGUUACCCGGAUAAGAUCAAAUUGUGUCUGAAGGCUUUUGACGAUGCAUUUGGGGGGGAUCGUGUUCCUGAUUCUCAGUCAUUGUCCCCACAAGUUAUUACCGCCGCGCAGCAGUUUCAUGCAUGGAGCUCUUACGAUUCUAGUGGGCUUGCCCAGGACUACAUCCAAAUAGAAGUUGCCCAGACAUCGGGGGGUGUGCCGCUCGAGAGAGAAGCAUCGUCGGUCAUGCUGGUCGAUGUUCCGAUCUCGCCGGCGCCUCGAUUUUCUGCUUCAGCGUCUGAAAUCUGCAUAAACCAACAAGCCCAAGACAGUUAUGCAGACGAUAGAUCCAUCUAUCAUUCUUCCGGUAAUACAUAUAGCCUUCAGCAAGUUACUUCUGAUGCUCCACGAACGUCACCGUCGCGCUUACGGCGUUCUCCGCUCAUAGAGAUAUCGGCUUCGAAGUGCAACUAUCCAGGAGGUAGUAUAAAGCGGAAAUUGGACGAUAGUGGUGUCAAACUUUCGAAGCGAAACCGAACGGCAGGCGCCCAUUCCCUUCGAAGGUCCCAGCGUCUCGCUUCAGAGCCUACAAGACGGGUGACCUCACCUGUCAUAGUGAACCGAACUGGAUCUCUCCCUAUCAGUUUGAACAAAAGGGCUGUUUUUGAUGGAGUAGAAGUUCCCACUCUUCAAUUGGUCUUAGCGCGCGAACGGCAGAAAAAACGUGUUUCCGAAACCCCGCGGGAUACAUUGACUCCUACAAGGCCUAGAGAAUCUCUUUCGGUAUCGCCAGUAUCGUCAGCAUCGUCCGAGGACUAUGAUACCUGGGAGGCAGGUCAACUGGAAGUGGACAUGUCAGAGGUAGGAGUUGAAAAUUCACUGGUAGAAGUACCCGAAAGCUCUUCACCGAUAAGUGAAAAUAGACUUUUUUUCGAUGAUCACCAAUCUCACACACACACUGAAGAUGUUCACGCACAACAUCAUGGUCAUUUUCACACCGCACACUCACUCCCAGCUCCAGAGCGCUCCUCGCUACGACGAUCGAGGACUAUGUCUGCGAGUAUAGAAGCAUUGCAAGAAUACUACGUGGCUUUGAAAGACAACGCUUCACAACUACCAGUAAAGGAGCUACUCCAACAUACGACGCUAGUCCAUCAGAUUGGUGCGGUUUUAACUGAGCAUGUGGGCAAAAAGCUAGGUUCGACCAGUUAA